AUGCCAAUUACGUCCGAUCAAAAGACGGCAAUGGACCAGGUCCUCGCUGCCAUUUUGGCUGCGACUGCAACUAGAGGGAAGCGGCAAUUGUCUGCGAUGUUCAUGGAGUUGGUCGACCGAGAAGAAUGGCCGCAAUAUUACGAAGUUAUCCCUGAACCACGUUGUUUGAAUAAUGUCAAGGCGGGGUUGGAUAAAGGUCGCUAUAAAGAGGCAACAGAUGUUUAUACCGACAUAUCACUUGUCUUUUGGAACGCACUGUACUACAACGAACCUGGAAGUGGGAUUGCGACAGACGCUGAAACGCUAAAGACCCUGCUAGAAACUGAGUGGAAGAAACGCUCAGUCCUUCCCAUCCCUCGUACCUCUCCACCCCCUCCUUCUGCCCAAAAGGUUUAUAAAGGCAAGGGCAUCGCAGAGGAAGACAAAGAAGAACUUCAAAAGCCAGCUCAAGUCAUUCCAGCAGCUCCAUCUCCAGCCCCGGUAGCCAUAGCAGCUCCAACACCCAAGCCCGCAACACGUGUCGUCACACAGGCUCCGGCGCACAACCUCGCACCAACGGCAAGCACAAGCACCGCAAAUUACUCAUACGCAAAACCUACAUCUACUCGAACCAGGUCAACUCAGCACCAAGACACCGCAGACAUGGAUGUUGACGUCGUCUCGCCAGACGUCGAGGUACACGGUGAUGAAGGAGCGGGGGUGGGGAUAGAGCGAGAUCCACAGAGUGAAGAAAUUGUGAAGCAGCUGGAGAGGGGCCUUCCAGGGUGGCCUGGAUUUGCGGAUGUGGGUUGGGCGGAAGGUACUCAGGAACGCAUAUUGGAGAUCGCUCAUGCCAUUAAGAGUCACAAAGACGUGAUUGGAAAUCGGCUCGCCGCUGCUUUGGAAUCAGUACCGGAAGAAACAUCGUCGCCACAUCUCCCUUUUACUGCUCCCCUUUCUCUGAAAUCAAUUGAGUCUCGUGCCCGCUCAAAAAGCUACGCCAAUGCGAAGGAAUUCGAUAUCGACAUGGCACGUCUCUUCUUAAAAGCACGUCGAUGGCACAAACCAUGUACAGAACCAUAUGGUCAAGUCUUACUUCUUCAAAGACUCUAUCAAGCUUUGACUUCCCCCAAUACACCACCACAAGGCACUGUGCUUUCUUCAUCAACGAACUUUACGUCUCUACGCGCAGGACCAGGCAACGUCAAGCCCGUACAUGGAGCGUCAGAUAGCGAUACUGCUCCCAGCGUUACCAGCUACAGGGUGCCUACAAAAGAUCGAGUCUUUGUUGAUGAGGUGACGUAUAAGGGCUGGAGCGUGAAGCUUGCGGAUUGGCUCCACUUGGCCAAUCCUGAUGAUCCCAGUCGGCCUAUUAUUGGGCAAGUGUUUCGGUGUUGGGUGGCCGAUGACUCCUCGAAAAAGGGACAGCCUGGAGUAACUGUGUCGUGGUAUUACCGGCCUGAGCAGACAUUUCAUUCGCCAACUCGACAGUUUUGGGAGGGAGAGGUUUUCAAAACUAGUCACUUUGCUGACCAUCAAGUGGAAGACAUCAUCGAAAAAAUUGCUUGCCAGUUCACCGCACGACACAUCCGAGGACGGCCGCGGCCGCCUUACUGGUACCCUGGCUUUCCACUGUACGUCUGCGACUCGCGAUACAACGACCGCGACCGUGCAUUCGUGAAGAUUAAAAACUGGAACUCAUGCGUUCCAGAAGAAGUGAGGAAGAGCACCGAGUUCAUGCCCAUUUACCCAUUUGAGAAGACGGUGUAUCCUGUGGUCUUGGCGAGCCCUUUUCUAGCCCAAGGUGUUGCGGGGAAGAGCGUGUCCAAAUGUCCGGGCGGGAUCGUGAGGGCAGAAUCACAAGCUGCGGCCGUCAACGGCAACGAUCCAGAAGUGCGGACGACGAGGAGUAUGCAAGCCAGUCAAUCUUCUCAUGUUCAGCAACAGCAAGCGCCUGGGUACGUACAACCGCAGCAAGUGCAGCGUCCUUCUGGUCCAGACAGAUCAGUAAUAACGGCAGCUGGGGGACUCGCAGCUCUUGGGGGUGGGGCACAUGUCGAAAAGCUCCCUCCAGAAACAGUCAGGCACUUCGAUAGGGAUCCCGAGACGGGUGAAAUGUUGUGGUUCCCUGCACCUCCUUUGAAUGUCGCGCGUCCAAGUGGCCCGAGAUAUAGCCUUACGUAUUUGAAUUAUGUCGCGACGAAGAGAAAGCGCCAACAAGAGGGGAGUGCGGAGGAUGAGGGUGCUGAAGAGGAACGGAGUCGGGUGCGGCCUACUGUGUCGGAGAACAUGAGGGCGGCAUUGAAAGAUGUGGGAUUGGCUUGA